AUGAUCCGGCACAUCCUUACGUUGCGACUUCGAACAGUUCUGGAGAGGAGAAAGUGCAGCUCAGACUCGCAGGCGAAGGGACCGGCCCAAUCUGCGAUUAGCUCACUUGGAGGAGCUCUUGAUGGCUUACUCCGGGCGUCUUCGCUGCCAUGUGCGCGGGCUGUCAGGUCAGCUCCUAGUGGCCAGCGCGCUGCUGGGAGGUGCAGGGAUCUCUUUCCAGUGCCGUUGCUUUCAGAUUGGCCGCAGGCCGCACCCAAGCCGGAGACAGAAGUGGAGACGCAUGUUUUCUUUGCAAACUUUUGCAUCGGUGCCCUCAACCACCUCAACGGGGGCAUGCAGCAUGAUGCUCUUCCGCUAGCUGCGGGCCGGGCCUGCAGCCUUGCCCAGCAGUCCGCUGUAGAGCAUGUGUGCUCGCGUGUUCAGGGGUUCCUGUCGCGGAUUGGCCCCCAGCUUGGUGACUGGAAAGGGGCUUUUGCAAGUUUCGAGAACCAACAUGCUGCGACCUAUGAGCCAAUCCGUGGCGAUGCUGUGGAUCUGCCCGUGACUGCGGGGACGUGUGCGCCUGACAAGCUCAUACCUCCCGCUCUUUGGCAAGAAGUGCAGGACCCCGGCAACCUUUUCCCCGAAGCAGCAGGUGUCGUUGACUUGACCGGCUUCCCGCCAGACAUGCAGGACAUGCGGAGCAGGCAGGGCUAUGUGCGCCUGGUGGCUCGCGAACUACAGUGUGGCAAGCUCCGCCUGCGAAGGCGUGCGAAAGCAGCCGCUCGCGUCUUUGCCGCUUCCAAGACAACUGGCCGACAGCGAAAGAUUUGGGAUGGUGGCUUGCUUUCGGAAGUAGCGAAAAGGCCACCAAAACCAGCUCGGCUUGCUAAUCCGGCCUCCUUUCUGGACAUAGUUGUGCAGCCUGGUGAGGCAUUGUACAUGUCAAAACGGGACGCAAGCACUUACUUUGACGCUCUGGCUUCGCCAGAGUCGCUUUGGGAGUGGUUUGGCCAGGAGCCCGUGUUCGUGCACGAGUUGUUGUCUGCGGGCUGCCUAGGCGAGAAGGAGCUGCAGGCCGCUUUGGACGAUGCAAGUGCAUCAGAGCUUCUUCCGGGCACUCUCCUCUAUCCGGUCAACACUGUAUGGCCUAUGGGAUUCAGCUGGUCAUCGUGCAUUGCUCAAGCUUGUACCCUGGGGUGUGCUCUUCAAGCCGGCGUGCAAGAGGAUUGCAUUCUCAGUUUGGACGAUCCUCUGCCGGAGUGCCAACGCGAGCUCUGCAUGAUCGCCACUGACGACACCUUGCUCUUCCACCGCGAUACCACGCAAGGGCACUCCACACUGCAGAAGCUUGACGAGAGUUUCCAGGCAAACGGCAUCCCGCGCAACCAAGCCAAGGAUGUCACUCUUCAGACUUGCAUGACAGGCUUGGGCUGUGAUCUGUCCAGCCAGCCACCAAUGGUGCAGCCAGAAAGCUCUAAGCUGUGUCGACUGGUGCUUGGCUUGUGCGACCUCGUGCAGCAACCUCGGUGCAGCCCUAAUGGUCUGAGUCGCUUUCUUGGGCUUCUCCAGUGGUUCUUUCAGCUGCAAAGGGGAAUGUUUAGCAUUCUGGACCGCAGCUAUGCUUUCGCAAGAUUGGAUGCUCCCAACGAGAAGCGAACGCUGCCGCCCGGGGUGCAAGAUGAGCUGCUCACGUCCCUUGGUCUGCUUCCUUUGCUGGCAAACUCGCUUGACAGGCCUUUCUUACCACAGCUAUUGGCUUGCGACGCUUGCCCAGAGUAUGGUUUUGGAGUGCGUGGUCUCCAAUGCGGUGCCAGACGUGUAGAGCAGAUUGGGAGGCUAGCCGAACGCAGAGGAGACUACAUUCGGUUGGUUCCCGGACCAGAUGACAAACCCGAGGUGCAGCGAAUUGGGCAGCCUCACAGACUUCCGUACCUGCAAAGCGAGUUCAGUACACUGAUUUCUUGCAAGGCGAAGCGCCCCGGUCACGCCAGCCUACUUGAAUGCCACGGUGUGCUGCUGACCGUCAAGUGGGUCGUUCGGAACGCUCAAAGGCAUCAUCAUCGCGUGGUCAUUCUGGUUGAUGCCAAGGCUGCCAUUGGAAGUGUCAGCAAGGGGAGAAGCAGUGCUAGAGCUGCUAGAGCACUGCGCAGAGUCUUGCGGUCCAUCGCUGCUCACGCGCUUGCUGCCGAUUUGCUGCUACGUUUGGUGUACAUACCGUCGGAGUCGAACCCUGCCGAUCUUCCGUCUCGUGGAGUCCGACGAAAACGACCUCACCCUGCCACAGCAGCCAAGCAGCGAGCCAUGCAGCGUAAAGCGCAGACACCGCGCUUGAAAACAACGCUUGAGUGA